AUGGCCGGACACGAGUGGGAGGACUGGUUCGAGCGGGAGGAGUUCAUCGGGCAGAUCAGCGACAUCCGAGUGCAGAACCUGCAAGGUCUUUGGAUCCGACAGAGUCCUCUUUGUUCCUCAAAGUACCGAGUCAACAACAUUAUCAUCAACAACAACAGUCUACUGUGGAUAGCUCACCGCUCUACUCUUCCCCUCCAUGUUCAGUGCGACCCGCCCAUCGAGGUCCGAGACCUUUUCCUGGACAUUCGGGAUGGACACAUCCUCAUGGCCCUGCUGGAGGAACUGUCCGGCUGCCAGAUGCUCCACAGGUACAAGAGGUCCUCCCAUCGUAUCUUCCGACUCAACAACAUUGCCAAGGUGCUGUCUUUCCUGGAGGAGAGAAACGUGAAGCUCGUCAGCAUCGAUGCAGCCGACGUCGCUGACGGAAACUCCUCCAUCAUCCUGGGACUCAUCUGGAACAUCAUCCUCUUCUUCCAGAUUAAGGAGCUCACUGGGAACAUCAGGAGCCAGUUUCCCUCCUCGUCCAGCCUAUCGUCCAUCCCCACCAGCUCUGACUCCGACGCGUCCUGCUGCAGCGCGCCGUCGGGCGAGAGACAGUCGGCGUCCACCGCCAUGCGGGAACACAGCAAAGCCAUCAAAAAACUGCUGCAGUGGGUGCAGAAGCGAACACGCAAGUACAGUGUGGCAGUGAAGGACUUUGGGAAGAGCUGGACCAGUGGCCUGGCCUUCCUGGCUGUCAUUAAGUCCAUUGACCCCAGCUUGGUGGACAUGAGAAAGGCACUGCUGAGGAACGCCAAGGACAAUCUGGAGGACGGCUUCAGGAUAGCCCACUACAGUCUGGGUAUCCCACGCUUACUGGAGCCGGAGGAUGUGACUAUCAAUGCACCAGAUGAACAGUCCAUCAUGACGUAUGUGUCACAGUUCCUAGAGCACUUCCCUGGCAGAGAGGAGCCGGAGGAGCCCGUCCCGCCGAUCGAACGGAGUGUCUCCAUGGGCCGACUCAACUUGCGCGAGAAGGACUCCAACCACAUAAGGAAUAGUAUCCAGCAAAGCCGAGUGAAGGAGAGGUCCCACAUGUUUCAAAGGGUCUGUACCCAAUCGCCACCCAGAAUCCUGAUUUCCUCAGUGUCAGAGGACCGGAGUGCCAUGUCCCCCCCCUUCCGGCCAGCUGCAGCUCGCUCGUGGUCCAGUGAAGAUAUCUUAGCGGAUUCCCCCCACAUGGAAGAAAUCUCAAGCAGUGUGGCCGAAAAGCCCCAAGAAUCUGCCAGUGACGUUUCGACCAACUCAACCUCGAAGUCCCCAGAAUUGUCUUACGCUCACUCACCCACAGGCUCAUCGCUGCCUGAGUCCGUCACCUCCGAGCCGAUGAUUGGCGACUCAGCAAUAAGCUCACCGGACUCGUGGGUGGAGAGCGAGUUGGGGGGGAUGCAGGAGAGGCUUUGUGAGAGUGACAGUUCUUUGUGUGACAGUGGAACAGCCUGGGAUGUGUAUCGUGCCACUCCUGUGGAGGUCACUAAUCUGGAUGAAGGAUGCGUCCUAUCCAUGGAGGAAAGGGCACCCGAGGAGGAGUCCAUUCCAGAGUCGUACGUGGACGAAGGCAUUUGCUCACUGGGCUCAUUGGAGAGCACCGUGCAGAAAAGUCAAGGGGAUUUUGAGAAGAAGCAGCCGGAAGUAGUGCAAGAGAAAGAGGAGGUGCACCUUGAGAAGUACAACCAGGACAUGCCUGUGGAAAAGGUACCCGAUCAUAGCAAGGCUGAGAUUGCAGAAGAAGAACCGAGUGAACAGACGAUACAGGAUACGAGUCAGAGCAGGGAGCCGGAGCCUUCUGUAGGACUCUGCAACGCAGUGGAACUGACCAGCUCAGCUGUGGAAAAGCUCCAUGAAAGUGAUCAUUCUAACCAGUCGCAACCCAAGAAAAACAACGUUGGAGACAGGCCUGUGGACCUCAUUGAGGGUGCAAGGGAUCACGAAGGACAAAUUGUAGGUCUGAAUGAGAGCGGUAACUCUGAGGAACUUCAAGGGGAAACUGAAUGUCAGGAAAGACAAGAAAAUACAAUGAUUGAUGAUGUUGGAGAAACACGAGAGGAAGCAAGUGAAGAAGUUCUAAGAGAAGACCUGAAUGCACAAGAGAACUUUAGUUCGGAGACAUUCGCAAACACGGAUCCAACCAGCCAAGACAGAGCUCCAGAAACAAGUCUGGACCCAAGCGCUGGCAGAAAUGUUCCUCUGAUCUCGAUUUCAAGUGAGCCAGAGGAGCAGAACCUAGAGGGAAUAUGUGACCCAGAAAGACAACAUCCUGCUUGGCAAGAUGAGGUACAGCCAGAAGGAACUGACCCAGAUGUCGACUGCCCCCCAAAUCCACAAGAAAACAACCUUGACUUCAAUUACAAUGUGGACAUUCCAUUGUGUCCGGUAACAGAAAGUGAUCAACCAAAAGCUUCAGAACAAACACGGGACAGGGAAAGCCAACAUUUGGAUGAACAUGGAACCAGUCAGUACAUCGGCGAGCCCGACACAGGAGAUAAAAUGACAUCGAGUGAAUGUGAAUUAACUUGUCAGACUUCUUCUUCAGAAGCCACACCGGUGAAUGCCGAGCAGGAAAUGGAUUCCACCGAUCAGCCGGAUGGACACAAGGACACAGCCGCCACCGAGCAGAACACACCCGAUUCUGUGAACUCAAAACCAAACGGUACUUUUGAACCAGGUUGUCUGCACAGAGACACAGACUUGUUUUAUACAGACUUUGAUCAGAGUCCCGGCCCAGAGGAUGUCGCCGGUGCCCCUGUUGAACCCAUGGAUCUGUUCUACCCUGACAAAGAGGAGUCCAUGUUUCUAGAGCCACCAGAUGCUGAGACGCAGAGUUGGCCUUCGGUUUUGAGUGUAUCCGCCCUCAAGCCAGCUCCUGCUUCGGAGACUCAAGCCGAUCAGCCCUCCAGCCUGCUGGGUGAAGACUUCAGCCAUGGAGCGGAUUGGACCCAAGAGAACGACGAGCUGAUCCCGAAGACCAACCAGGACACUGACGCGGCAUCUAAACCCCAGGAACUGUGUGUGCUGCCCGGGGAGACGACAGGAGGACUCUGGGGGGACGACGCUCCAGCAGACGGCAGUGAUCUCAGGACCUCGGGCCGUGCCAGGGAAAACACAGAGCCUGUGAGUGAAGGUUCCAUCAGACAGGAUGAAAGCCAGAUCCCUCCAGUCCUCCGGCACAGGAAGGCCGCUCGCUCCACCGAGUCCACGGGCGAUCGGCCAGCUGUGACAGCAGCGAGCAGCGGAGACGACAAUGGCGACUCCGACUCCGGGUGCAGUGACAGCUGGGAGCUCUACGUGCUGCUGCUGCUCUGGCUGCUGCUCUACUGCUUCUGGCUGCUGCCCCAGAUGGACCUGAAGACACUUCCCAGCCUGCUGCUCAACCUGGAGCCCUGAACGCACACACACACACACACACACACACACACACACGUAAAGCACCACCACCAAAUCGCACACUACAGUCCUGAAGAGGAGGAGUUGUUUUAGCUUUGUGCUGUGCAGCUUUCCAUGUGGCUCGGAGGCGUCUGUAUCUCCACGUUCUGGGGAAUAUUAUGAGAAAAGCGUUGUCGUUUUACAGGAUGAAAAGUCAUAACUUAUCAACAAUAACGUUUGAACUAUUCGUUAAGUCAGAUUAAAAGAAAUACUUGUAUUAUUAGAAACUGGGCUUUUAUUUUAGGAGUCUAUGGUUUUGAGAAAAGUCAGUGCUGUUAAAGUAAAUGUAAAAUAUUUUUGUGUUAUUAGAUUUUGUUUUAUGAUCAUUAUUAUUCAAAUAUAAAGAAACAAUAUCAUCGUAGUUAUAGAUCGUAGCCAAAGACCUGUAAUAAACAACCAGAAGCGAGACGUUUUCCUUCUUAAAGGUGUGACUUUAUUUAACAUUAGAACUUCUUCUCAUGACGUUGUUGUUUUGGUCCAAAUGUUGCAGUUAAAAUGGGAAAACCUGAUUUGUAAUUUACGACGGUUCAAAGGCGACACAACUGACAUUGUGAGACAACACGUACAGCACUCUGAUUGGUACAUGGAGAUAUAUACUAUGGACUCAUGGACUGAAUAGCCAUUUAAAGUGAAAGUGCUUUAAGCUGAGGGAGAUUAGAACAUUCAAACAUGCAAACCUGUAGGUGAUCUGAAGGUAACUAAUGAAGGGGGAUUUUGAUCCGUUGCACAUCGUGAAAAAGAAUCAGAACUGCCAAAGAAAUGCUUGAGAGAUGAGUAUAAGACAUAUGCAUUAACGAUAUGCAUACGCUCAAUACGGUAUCCGUGCCAACGAAAAGUACACAACAACCUGUUUUUAACAAAGUCAAUCUGGUACUAAAGCUCCGCCCCAGUGGCUCUAUAUUGUAUCAUAGUCGAGCAGAACAUGUAUUUGUAAUAUUUUGUGUCUUAUAAUGGAUUUUUAACGUUUUAUUGUAAAGAAAUGUUUUAUGUGAUUGAGACUUGCUUGUGAAAAGAGAAUGCUUUACGAUGAAAUAUCUUUAUAUACAUAUAUGCUAUUUUUGAACAUUGUCUGACAGAGCGCGCCUCCUUCACCCCGUCCUUCCUCCACCCGCACUCGGCCGGGUCAUCGUCAGCCCGUCUCCCGUGUGAGUGCUGGACGUCCGGUUGCACUUUAACCCUCGUUAGAGCCAAACUGUGUCCCUUCUAUUGAUCAGCAUAAAGCACACAUGCAACUGUCUGUGGAACACGUGAAGCGCCUGCCAAUGUUACCGUGCUGCUGGGAAGGAACUGAGAAGGAACGCUCAUGAAAUGAUGCAUUAGCUUCGCUAUUAUGUAUGAAUGUUUUGCCUUUUUGUCAGAUGUGUUUAUAAAAAAAAUAGUUCCUCACUAAAAAAAGUUCCUUUUUUUUUUAUAUAUUCUUUUACCAAAUGAGUUUGUAGUAAUACCUUCUGCACUAUACUGUCUCUGAAUAGACCUUUGAGUCACCCUGACGGGAAGGGGACACAGCUCCGUUUACAAAAGAGGUCCAAGGGCUCGAGGAGCUUCACGUCCACCCGUGGAGGUCAGGCUGAAGGUCCUAUUCAGGCCCCUCAGGUUCCAGCCUCUUUCACCACAAAUGAAUCACACCUCCACACGCUGCUGCCCGCCACAUGUGUCCGGUGCCUUCAACAAAAACAUGUCCAACCACCGGGACAGUCCCUUGAGUCUGAGACAAAAGGGCAGUUUGAGGUCUUUACAAGGGGACUGUGUGUGUCUUUGUGUCUCCUCCACCCAGAGGACUAACCUAGACGCACAUAUUGGCUUAGUCAUUGCAAAUGUUUCAUCAGCACCAGUGGACUGCGAUUAAAGACGUGUCUCAAAGC